GGAAAGUUGAAAAUGGGCAGUUUAGCUUGACGAGAUCGCAAAACGUCCAUGUGUAUGUCUGUAUACGCUUUGUCAACGGUCAUCAAGUAUAAAUGGACUGACCUCAAGCAUAAUGGACCUGCAUUUGCUCCUCCGUACGAAUGUUUACCAGAAAAUGUGUAUUUCAAAUACGAUGGACAGAAAGUUUCGUUGUCCGAACCAGCCGAAGAGAUGGCGGUUGCUUACGCCAAAGUGUUGCACCGGAAGUUCGCCUCCGAUAAGGUUUUCAAGCUCAAUUUCUUCAACGACUGGAAAAAAGUCAUGACUUUGGAGCAGCAGGCAGAGAUCAAGGACAUCAAAAAGUGUGAUUUCACAAUGAUCAGUACGCAUUUUUCGCAGAAUGAUGUACCUCGAGACAAAACUUUAAAUGAAAAGUACGGAUUCUGUACUAUUGAUGGAGUACGAACGGAGAUAAGCAACUACAAUAUGGAACCACCUGGUCUUUUCAACAGCAAAACGUCCAAAAAAGGCAAGUGGAAGAAGCGCAUCCAACCGGAAGAUGUGACCAUUAACUGCUCCGAGGGCUACAAACCACCGGAAGAGCAUCAGUGGAAGGCCAUCGUCCACAAUCGCUCUGUCUCGUGGUUAGCCAAAUGGCCAAAUCCCAUCAGUCGAGGACCCAAAUACAUGCGACUUAGUUCGAGUGCCAAGCUGAAAGGUGAAGAAGAUCGCAAAAAAUACGACAAGGCAGUUGCGCUGGGAACGUGCAUCGAACAAAUUCGCAAGAAGUAUCGGGAGGACUGGGAAAGCGAAGACACCAGACAACUUGCCAUUGCCGUAUAUCUGAUCGAUACAUUUGCAUUCAGAGCUGGAGGUGACCACGAUGAUACCGAAGAUGCCGAUACGGUCGGUUGCUGUUCACUACGCGUCGAACAUAUUACAUUGGACGAUGAGCAGGAAGUUGUGGAGUUCGAUUUUCAUGGAAAGGCAUCUAUUCGGUAUAACAACAAGCAGAAAAUCGAGCAUGGGGCCUUCGAGGGUCUAAAAUCUUUAACGACCGGAAAAGCACCGAACAAAUUGAUAUUUGACCAGCUGACCACCGAUAAAGUCAAUAAAUAUUUGAAGAAUUGCAUGGAUAAUUUGACAAUCAAGGUUUUUCGUACAUUCAAAGCUUCAUCUAUGCUGGAAGCGGAAUUGCAACUGAAGACUGAACCCACCAUGACUAAAGAAGAACAAAUGCUAGUCUUCCGUAAAGCCAAUCAGGAAGUGGCGAAACUUUGCAACCAUCGACGAACGCAAAAACUUCUGUUAAACAUGCCCACUUCAAAAGAGCACUACAUCGAUCCCAGAAUAGUCGUGGCGUGGUGUUUGAAAUUUAACGUCCCAAUUGAUACGAUUUAUACAAAGAAACUUCGGAAGAAAUUCCGUUGGGCCAUAGAGCAGUCUUUGGAAAGCUUUAUCUUUUAUCGCAAAGGCAAUGGCACUGACGGCAACAGUGAGGCAUCGUCAUCUGAAUAGUCCCAUUUCCAAAAUACCCAAUUAUGACCACAAAACGCGAAAUGACAAAUCGGAAAAACUCGACCAGCUCCGAUUUGGGUAAAUGACUAUUUUCUACUUUAUGAAACGGUACAAGAACAUGUAUUUAGGUGGUGCGAUAAGUUGCGAAACUACCUACAGGUGGGAAUCGAACCCCCACCUUCCAGUACGCUAGACGGGCGCUCUACCACUAUGCUACCGUAGACUUGAUGCUAUCCGGCCCAACUCCCCAUGUUUACAUCUGUGCGGAUCUACUCGCGCUAGUGUACUCGCCAACUAGCACAAAUUUUAGUUGCUCCAGUAAUGUCAUGCUGGUAGACGUUGAUGCCCUGUUUACAUUAUGCUGGUGAGCGUUUUUGCUAGCAGCGAGCUCAUUAGCGCUAGUGAACUAGCCUAAGUGUAAACACCACAUAGGCGGGAUGUGAUUCAUCAUGCCCGCAUCACACUUUGCAUAAUUGUUUGUGAAAUGGCGUCUUUGCAAUUUUUCAGAAAAUGUAGUACGGAAACGAGCAGCGGAAACGGCAGCUCCCACAGCUGGACCCUACCUAUCGCCCCAUCAACUCAUGGACCGGGGACCAACGGUUUUACUUCCGUGAUCAGAGAUUUGAUGCCUCAGAAAAUCCCGACGGCGCCGACUCGGAUUGAGCCCAGGCCCUUUGGAGUGAGAGGCAGUCACGCUUACCACUAUACCACCGGCGCCGCUUGAGACAAAUAUUGGUUUAGAUUUUCCUUCUUUACUUAACUUAAAUUUUGGGUGAUUGGUUGUAGUUUCAUCUUGACAUGUUUACCUAGGGGAUGAGUACUUAAGGGGGCUAGAUUUUGAGUGUUUAGUGGGCUUGACACUGAUGAAGACUGCACAUUGUAAUCGAAAUACGUAUGCAAUUAAAUGGAAGAUAACAUGUUUUGCUGUUUCAAAGCAUUCUAUUAACAACCCAAUUUCAUUACUUCAGUAAUAUCAAGUAAAAAAAAAAUGUUAGACACCGGUUGCCAUACAGUCCGUACCGUAGUACCAACUCUGCCAGAUGAAAUUCAAACGGUGAUGACGGGCGAACGUCAGAAACUCAGAAAUACAGAACAAAGCCCUGCGUGGAAGGCAGAAUAAAUUACAUAAUACAGUGAAUUAAUUAAUAUUCCUAAUACUUUAAACAUAAUCUUAUUACUACAAUAAGCUGAGGCUAUUUACGUGCGUAUUUAAGUGAUUUCAGCUGGAUAACGUAAGAACGCAACUUAAAACUACUAUAUUCUUGCACAAAUAAUUUACCAAACUAUAAUUAAUCAUAGAUGCGAACUAAUCGCGCUCAAAAUCGCAGUACAAAGAAUUGUGAGUAAAACUUAAAAUAAAUAUGCAAUUGAAAUGUAACAUUUAUAAAAGCAUAUUACCGUGUCUAACCUAAAAUACGAAGCCUACACUGAAUUGUAAGUCUACAUUACACAAUAUUAACCUAAAACCUAAACUAUUGAAAAUAAAUAAAUUCAGUUCAUGCUAAUUUGCUAAAAGACAGUGUUUCGUGUUUAGUUCAUUCGUUGAUGAUCUAUAUUUCUUGUAUUUGUUUGGUUUACAUAAGUUAAACGCAGUUCCAACUCAGCAACAGGAAUUGAAAACACAGCAGCAGCACUUAGCCUAUCAACGCAUGGAAACACCAACACCGGAGCAGCCGAGUCAGCACCAACGACGCCAACGUUGGACACAUGCGGAGGAUCGGAUAUCGCGACGGGCAGAGCAACAGUCAGACCAUCGUUACUCGGUGCAAGGCCAGCAGUUUUCAGGGACCAAGCUAGGGCAGCUCGGAACUAAUUGUUGAGAAUAAAUUCAUUACAGUUUGUAUCGUGAACGGUGUAGGCCGUAUUAGUUCUAAUUUUUUUUUAAACCCGAAAAUUCCGGUCAAGUUCUUAAGUCAUAUAGUAUGAAUUAUCAAGUGACACAGAUUCAACUUUAGUACAUUUGAAAUUUAAUUAUUAUUUACAGUUCCUAGUCCUAUUUAAGAGUAUGACCACCUUGGAGGGAUUGGAUCUUAAUGUCAUCAAUUUUGAAAUCUAAUUUUGCAACGUUCGCCUCUUGGUGAAGGUCUGAAACUCUUGCGUCAAAGGGACGAUCAAGGAUCAGCCUCUGUUCUGAGCGACCUGGAUUUUGUUCCUGUGAGUCUGUGCACAUGAUUCCCACACCGGAGCUGCGUAGAGGAUCGCAGGUGCUAUAAUUUGCUUGUAGACAGCCAGUUUGUUCACCCUUGAGAGGCGGGAUCUGCGGCAAACCAGCGGAUACAGACACCUAACCAAGGCGGAAUACUUGACUACGGUUUUCUCCACAUGCGAGCGGAAUUGGAGCUUUUCGUCAAACAACAUCCCGAGAUAGGUUACUUCGGUGGACCACUCAACCCUUGUGCCAUCCAUGAUUACAGUACAAGAGGGAGCUGGUUUUAGUUUGGGAGAUUGCCGAUGGAGGAACAUGAUUGUUUGUGUUUUAGAGGCAUUGAUUUUGAUUUUCCAGGUGGUGGCAUAAUCAGCGAAGGAGUCAAGGCAUCGUUGGAGCUUGUUUGUUAUUUCACGAGGAAUCCUACCCUUGACGGUUAUUGCGGUAUCAUCUGCGAACAGGAAGAACACGCAACCGUCUCCGAGGGGAGGAAUUUCAGAAGUGUAGAUGUUGUAAAGCAAAGGGCCCUACAGACUUCCUUGCGGAACUCCUGCUGGGAUGGAGAAUGUGUUUGAAAAGCAGCCAUUCCCUGAACGACCUUUUCUGAAGGUAGUUACGGGUGAUUUUAACAAGAUGCAAAGGAAAGUUGAAGUUACAAAGCUUGUAUACAAGCCCAUUGUGCCAUACAUUGUCAAACGCCUUUUCAACGUCUAACAAUGCCAUGGCUGUGGACUUGGAUACAACCUUGUUACUUCGGAUGUUAUUCAUCACCCGUACUAGCUGAUGAUUUGUGGAGUGCUCCUUCGUGAACCCGAACUGUUCCGGUAGGAGAAUGUUGUGUUCCUCGACAAACUUGAGCAAACGAUUGAAAGGAAGGCUGAUCGGUCUCUAGCUUGAAGCUAGCGUUGGGUCCUUCCCGGGUUUACGGAUAGGUAUGAUUUUCGCUGUCUUCCAGAUAAUUGAAAAGUACUGCAGUUCCAAGCAUCUGUUGAAGACAGCAGCCAGCAGAGAGUGAACAUUCAUGCUGUGAUUUUUCAACACUAGGUUGAAUAUUGCGUCGAAACCGGGGGCCUUCAUGUUUUUGGUGCAUUUCCGCGCUGAGCAAAUCUGUUCCACUGUGAUUCUAUCCUCCGGAGGGAUAGCACAAGGGGAGGAAUCAAGGUUGACGACGCAUUGCUCAACCGGAACUUCGAGCGGACUUUGGAUGUUGAAGCCAAGCAAGUGCGAAUUGGCAAUAUGCUCACCAAUCGCAUUUGCUUUCUCCUGAGGGGUGAUUAGGAGCCGAUCGUCAUCGUAUUCAUCUUUGAGUGGUGUAAUGGGUUUGAUGGUGCGUCUUUAGGACCUUGGCAAC